AUGGUAUAUGGGAGAAAAGUAAUGAUGCCUGUAGAGUUUGAACAUAAAACUUUGAGAACAGUUAUUUCCUUAGAUAUGACUCUUUCUGUAGCACAAGAGGAAAGGCUCCUGCAACUUAAUGCUUUAGAUGAGAUAAGGAAGUCCGCCCUACAGCAUAUUGAAUAUCUUCAAAACCACUGCCUGAAAUGGCAUGAUCACUAUAUUAAGUACAAAUCAUUCCAUCUAGGAGAUUGGGCUCUACUCUAUGAUUCCAGGUAUAAAGAUAAUUUGGGAAAAUUACAGACAUGGUGGUUAGGACCUUAUGAAAUAAUUGAAACAUUUUCUAUUGGUGUUGUUAGAUUAUCUAUCAUAGAUCCUGUUAAGUUUAAAUUGUUAUUCAAUGAUCAUCAGUUGCACCUAUACCAUAAACCUUUGAGCAAAGAUGACUUCUUGCGACAGUUUUCCACUACCAAGCAUGCCAAAAUUUCUACAGCCACUGAUGACAACAUUCUCGUCACCACUCCAUCUUAA